AGUACUGUAUUGUAUCACGGGAGCGAGCAAGAUUACUUUCGUAAACUAGCCCAAGCUACAGAGUCUGCACAUUUAGCAGUGCUGGGGACGGUGUAAGACGGAUGGAUGCUUUUGCUACGUAUACUUCCUGCCACCCAUUCAACGCCCUCAGCUUGUGCUGGCAAAGAGGGGAGAGGUGUGCUGCAAGCUGGUUGGGAGAAGCGGUCGACGUUGAGUAGCCAGACAGAUAUUCAGCAAUGUAAAGGCUGCAACCAGUCAGUGGAACUCUGGAUAGCUUUUUGAUCAUAUACAUAGCUUUAACCAUGUCGUCAGCUUGCGAGGGAAUAGCUUUUUUCUGAAACAACUACUUGAAGGCUAGACUAAACUAGCUAAAAAAGUGACUAGUUACAGUAAGUUAGCUAUUUUAAUUGGUUCAUAGCUUAGCUAGCUGCAAGCUAAUCUUCGACAAAAAGCUAGCUGGCUAUUGUGAACUUCAUGACCAACCUAAGGACUCUCGUCUGAUGAAGCACAUCGCAGGAGUUACUUUUCCAGCUCUAAAACGUAGCAAGACUCCACUGGAGAAGGACGCAAAAAUGAAGAAACAGUUCAAUCGGAUGAAACAACUCGCCAACCAAACAGUUGGCAGAGCAGAGAAAACAGAAGUCCUCAGCGAUGACCUUCUACAGAUUGAGCGGCGCAUGGAGAUGGUGCGCGUGGUGUCCCACAAUACACACAAGAGGAUGGUCACGUGUCUGCAGGGCCACAUUGGCACCGACGCAGAGAAGAGACAUUCCGUACCACGCCUUUACACAGGAAAUGGUCAGAAAAAGCUUCCUCUGACGGCGCUGUCUCAAGCCAUGGUGGACGGCGGCAGUCAGCUGGGAGAGGAGUCUCUGAUUGGAAAGAUGAUGGAGGUGUGUGGGGAGGCAGAGAACAGGCUGGCGUCAGAGCUGCUGCAGCACGAGGUCCAGAUAGAGAAGGAUGUCCUAGACCCACUCAACCAGCUAGCAGAGGUGGACAUUCCCAACAUCCUGAAACAGAGGAAGCAGCUAGCCAGGCUAGUCCUGGACUACGAUUCUGCCAGAGCGAGGUGGUUGCAGGCAACCAAGUCAAUUAUCUCAGGAACAAACACGCAAGCACUGACGGCCAAGGCAGACCUGCUCAAGGAAGAGGUGGAUGAAGCUAUGAACAAAAUGGAACUCUGCAAGGACCAACUGGCUGCAGACAUGUACAGUUUCUUCUCAAAGGAAGGGGACUAUGCCCGCUACUAUGUAAUGCUCUUAGAGGCCCAAGCUGAUUAUCAUAGAAAAUCUCUGACUGUGCUGGAGAGUGUCCUGCCAACCAUCCAAGCACAGCAAGACUCGUGGACGGAGAAGCCAGCGUUUGGGACGGGGCUGGAGGAGCAUCUGAAGAGGAGUAGCAGAGAGAUCGCUCUGCCCUUAGAGGCCUGCGUCAUGAUGCUGCUGGAGACUGGCAUGAAGGAGGAGGGCCUAUUUAGGAUCGCAGCAGGGGCCUCUAAACUGAAGAAGCUCAAGGCUGCUCUGGACUGUUCCACCUCACAGCUGGAGGAGUUCUACUCAGACCCCCACGCUGUCGCUGGAGCCCUGAAGUCUUACCUGAGAGAACUGCCGGAACCUCUGAUGAGCUUCCAGCUUUACGACGAGUGGAUUCAGGCGUCUAACGUUUCAGAGCCAGACAAGCGUCUGCAGGCCCUAUGGGUUGUGUGUGAUCAACUACCGAAGAACAACAAAGCCAACCUAAGGUAUCUGGUGAAGUUCCUGUCCAAGCUGGCUCAGGACAGUGAGGUCAACAAGAUGACUCCUAGCAACAUCGCCAUUGUACUGGGACCAAACAUGCUGUGGGCCAAAACAGAGGGGACUCUAGCUGAGAUGGCUGCUGCUACCUCUGUUCACGUGGUGACCAUCAUAGAACCCAUCAUACAGCAUGCUGACUGGUUCUUCCCUGAGGAUGUGGAGUUUAAUGUUUCGGGGAUGUUCGCCAUGCCCACCCCUCCUUCCAACCACUCGAUGGAGUACGACUGUUCCACCAUCGAGAGGAAGAGGCCUGGUAGUAUGGUGGGGCCAGAGAACGAUAACCCUCGCAAGGACAGUUUUGCUAACAAACUGUUGGACCAUAACACCGUCCCCCGUAGAGGCAGCAACACCUUAGGUAGAAAGCAGCAUGCUUCACCCGCCUUCCAGCCCCCCUUACCCCCGGUGGAGGCCCCAGGGCCUGGGCAGGUCACAGGGUGCGUGGCUGAGCUCCAGGCCCCACCGGGGGGCAUGGCGUUGGAGGGCUGCCAGCCUAGCCUGGCACUGGGUAUGGCUGCCCUGGUGGCAGCACAGCAGCUUCUCGCUACUACCGCUGAGGAACUCAGCAACCCAAAGCGUGAACCCACUUCCACCCCGACCCUCCACCAGAGGAACGGUUCAGGUGGGGGCCACCCGGGCACGGCCAGCUCAGCUGGGGGACAGCUGGGAGUGGGAGGCCCUGGGGCUGGAUCCAUGGGGCCCAGUCCACACAUGAUGCGCAGAGGUACAAAGAAGCCGGCCCCUGCCCCUCCCAAGCCGCUCAACCCCCCUUCAGGCCAGCCCAGUAACCCUACCAACCACCACCCCUUCUCAGGCCAGGGCCAGUCCCUCAGCCCCUCUCCCAGACCCCUCUCCUCCUCAAGCCACUCCCCUACCUCCCCCAUCUCCCAGCCCUCUACCACCCCCCGCCGCCAAUCCAGCAACCAGCCCCCCAUCCAGGCCCCCAACCACCCGCCCCCACAGCCCCCCACACCCUCACAGGUCAGUCCCCCGCCCCACCCUAGGGCCCUCAGCCAGCCCGCAGGAGACUACCCGGGGGCGGACCAGUCUCCUCCAGACACCCCCACCCCACCUGACACCCCUCCACCCUCCACCACCCUCCAGGACAUACCCGGUGCCCAUCCUGGCUCCCCCUCUCCCUUCCAGUCAGGCUCCCUCCCCCGGCCGCGCCCCGUCCCAAAACCCAGAAACAGGCCCAACAUCCCUCCGCCCCCUCAGCCCCCAACACAGGGAAACGAUACCAACGGGAUCUGCAACACAGCCUACAAAAUCAUGGGUUCAGGAGCAUUUAUGAAAGGUUUGUCAGACCCAGCCCUGUCUCUCAAAGGGUUGACCCGAGCCUUCAUCCCUGAGUUUGCUGUGGACCAGCAGCCAGUGACCGCCCCCUCCAUGAUGUCCGUGCCCCAGCCCAAAGACUCAGACCUGGACACAGAGAGUACCGUUCUAUAAGGGAGAGGACUGGCCUUGUCCCCUCUCCAUCUCCUCUCCAGGUGUGGUUAGAAGUUGACCCUAACCACAGGUCCAGAGUCAGACAUUAGUGUCAUCCCCUAAUGGUUAUCUGUAGGUCUAGGUGAUGUGGUCCUAGACUUGUGGUUAGUGGCAACUUCUACCUCAAGCUCCCCUCAGCCCUCAGAUCACCACACAUCUGCUGCUCUCUCCCAACUCCAACUCCCGGUGUCCUCCACACACUAACUUUCCCAUCCCCACCCCCUUGGUUCGCUCUACCGCAGGCCUGUUACAGCUACAACUCCAUACAAUCAACUCAACCACCCCAGUGGAACUACAGAACAGGCCUCCCCCUGGCCCCUCCCCACCAGGAAAUCGUAACUAGCACUGAUGAAGCCUCAAUAAAGCUUUGUAGAUUUUUGGGGGAUGAUGAGGUUUGGAAUAAACUGUAUGCAUUUGCAUGGGAUGUUGCACCUUAAUGAGUUUUAAGGGCCCUCUGCUGGAUUUCUAAGCUAACAUACGGAAUUGUUUUAAGAUGCUUAAGGGACUGCUAGUAGACUGGGUUGUUAAGUGGACCGACAGACUUCUUUGAUAUUGGUGUGUUGUUCUUGAUGAUGGCCUUAGUUCAAGAAAUGAAAAAUACUAUUUGUAAAUGUAAAGCACAGUAAACGUGGAAUCCCCCCAAAAUAAUAACUGUUGCUGAAAUGUAGCUGGUCACUGCAGGUUUCCAGUCUCUCACAAUUAUACCUUUUUAUCCCUGUUUUUGUAUGAAACCCAUCCUUCGCUCUCUGUAUUUAUUUCCUAAAACACAUUCCCUGUAGCUUGAGUUAGUAAUGCCGUUUUCUGAAGCAUGCCUUACUGGUUCCAUAACUCGUUGUAGCAGGGGUAGGUCUAUAUACUUUCAGUGUACAUGCUGAUCCUCUUGGCUUGUAGGUGCCUUCCUAAUCUUCUGUGUUUACGUCAAUGUUGCUGGGGCAUUAAAGUGACAGUUCCUGUAUAAGUGAAUAUAGGAAAGGACUGUUAAGCGCUUAUACUGUAGCUACCUUGUCAUCUGACUAGUGAAUCACUUCAACAGUUGAUAUUGCACUUGAACCAAGUCUAAACCCCACAAGCGCUUGCUUUCCAGGGAACAGGUUUCUAUAUGGAAGAUCAUUCUGCUCUACCUUUUCCACUGAGCUGGGUUUUACACACAAACCAAUGUAACAACCUAGUAGUGAGGUGGUGUUGGAUACACUAGACCAGAAAAGCUUAAUUAUCUUUUAUUUUUUAUACGCGUUGCUUUUUCCUUGAGUAUAAUGCAGGGUUGUGCUCCUAGGGAACGGACCCCGAAUCAACUAAAGGGCACAUUUCUGGAUGCUUUAGUUUCACUGAAAACAUGUUCAGUUCUUGUACUGCUUUUCAGAGACCAUCAUCCAUGUAGUCUUGCUGAGAUUCCCCUCCAUCUUUUCCUUUAACUUGCUGCCUUAUCCUUCUGCAGAAAGAGUACCUUGUUUCGAGGCUCUGAAAGAUGAACAAAUGCCAUUAAACUACAAAUGUUAAAGCUGCAUUUUGAGCUCAGUUAGUUUUGUAUGCAGACUGAGCUGAAACAAGAAAUAAAUCUAAUGUAAAAUGACUGCUUGGUUAUACUCCCUUUCUGAAUAAAGUAUAUGAAGAAAAAUGUGA